AUGGAGGACCUUAAUCUCUACAUCCUCACAUCGAACUGCGCACGUACUCUUAUCGACGUCGAUCUGUUCGCAGACCAUUUCUUUGAUGCCUUGUCUGCAGAUGCGCGGAGCUUGGGCGCCCCCGAGCUGAUCGUGCUCUCACUCCAGGAGAUCGCACCAAUCGCAUAUUCAUUCUUGGGUGGCACAUAUCUAACACCCUACUUCGAUGCAUUUAUAAGGACAGUCAAGAAAGCGACUGCUAAAUUAUGGAAUGAAUCAUAUGUGAAUCUGGUCAAGGACCAUACGGGAAUGACCGGAUUAAUGGUCUUUGCGCGGGCUGAUAUUGUGGACAAAAUCCCAUGGGUCGACACUGCUCACGUUGGAUUCGGAAUUCAAGAGAUGGGCAACAAAGGUGCUGUGGGAGCACGGCUAGGUUAUGUGGCGGAGGGUCAUCCAUCCAAGACAGUAGAUUUGACAUUUGUCGCGGCUCACCUGGCGCCGAUGGAGAAUGCACUGGAACAAAGGAAUCUGGACUGGCAAAGUAUUGUCGAGCGGCUGGUUUUCUCCCACAAAGACAGCCCGCUGAAAGCCUUGGGCCAAGGAAGCUCCGAUGAGAGCACUGCUCUUCUGGCGGAUCACGAAUCAUCGCACGAAGCGGAGACCAGUCGCCAAGAUCUCUUCGCGCCCAACUCCUACCUCUUCCUGGCGGGAGAUCUCAACUACCGAACGUCUGAUGUUGGCCCACUGAAGGCAGAUAUCGUCCGCUUUCCUCGACAAGGUGUUCCUCGCGAAGAUCCCGCACAUUACUCUCACCUCCUCAAAGAGGACCAGCUGAUGCGUGAGAUGCGUGAAGGGCGCUCUUUUCAUGGGUUGUCUGAGGCACCCAUUGACUUUCCCCCAACUUACAAGUAUUCGGAUGCAGCGCAGCAGGCUGCACGGGCCAGUCUCCUGAGUGGAGAGUCAGAGGCAGAGUGGAAGUGGUCAAACCACCGCUGGCCGAGCUGGUGUGACCGAAUCCUCUACCUGGAUAGUCCCUCCUGGGCUAGAGAAGGAGGACAAGUCAAACCCCAUGCAUACAGCGCACUGCCCCUCUUCCCACACUCGGAUCACCGGCCUGUUGCUUUAGCGGUGUCUGUUCCUCUGAAGCCUUCCGAUAGUCCAUCAGAGACAGAUCACGAGGGACCUGAAGCCAAAUCGGUGGCUCCAUUUGCAAUUGACCCCAGCUGGCGGUCUCGGAGGGAUGCCGCUCGACAGAAGGAGAUAGUAGUGGGAUUCCUGGCAUAUCUGGGGUUGACCUGGGAAGGAAAUGGGAUGCUACUUGCAUCGACACUAGGGCUUGUUGGUGCAUGGGUUCUGCUUCGGUCUCUUUAA